ACCAAAACAGCUCGUAUCAUUCUAGAAGGAGCUCACUUCGCGCCCGGACUCACUUCUACACCGUUUGAGACGUUUUUCUUUUCCUCGUCGUCUUCAGCAUGGAGGUCGGAGAAAAGCUGAAAGAACUCAACAUGACGGCGGAGGAAGUGGACCGACUCACUAAAGCGCUCAAGGACGAGAAAUUCGGGGAAAUGCUGCGUGACUACGCGCGCGAGCUGUCGGACCCGGAGAAUAAGAGAAGGUAUGAAGAGGAGAUCAAACUCCUGGAGCAGGAGAGAGGAAACACGAUUGACUUCAUCCACCCGAAACCAUUUCGGUCUCUGAGGACGAGUGUGAACGGCAAGCAGAAGUGUUUCAUCAACAUCUGCGUCAGCGAGCACAUCGGAAAGCCCGCGUGUCAGCGCGGGGUGUCGGAGGGCGGCCGCAGAGGACAGCGCUGGUCCCUGCCUCACAGUCUGCCCCCAGGGAGACAGGACACAGACCCCAAAGGGAACAAGAUCCAGAUCCAUGACGUCAUCUUCCACCCUGACACCGUCCACAUGGCGAGCAAAAACAAAAGGUUUAUGGACUUGGUGGUCAGCACCGCCAUAGAGGGAAUCCAGAGCGCCUUCAAAGUGACUCUGGAUAAAAACAAUGUGAGGGAGAUGAGCACUAAAUACAAGGGUGCCCCUCAGCCGUGUGUCCUCCGAACGCCCAUCCCCGGAUACAAGUCCGAGGGGCCCUCGGAGGAGCCGGACCCUCUUGCGUUCCCGUACCCGGGUGAAAAAAAACCUUCCGCGUCCCUGCAAACGAAGCCCGAAGAACCAUCUGCAAGGAAAGGCGGCGAGCCCACCGAGCCACGCUACACAGUCAAAUAUCGAUCUUUCGUGGAUCUCCAGGACUUCAGAUACUCGAGGGACUCGGCCCGAAGCCCCAGGCCCAAAGAGAUCGUGGUGACCGUCGCCUUGCCGCUCCUGAAGGCCGCCUCAGACGCCAGCCUCGAGGUGAAAAAGAAGCAGCUGCUGCUGACGUCCGAGAAACCGGCCUACAGACUGGAGCUGCCCCUCGCCUACCCCGUGGACGAGGAGAAAGGAGAGGCCACGUUCGACAAGCAGACAGGACGGCUCACGGUCACGCUGUCGGUUCUCCCUUCGGACGAAGCGUCGCAUUUCGCCGCUCUGGCUCGCGUUGGCGACGACGAGAGUCAGGAGGAGGAAGGAGAGGUGCGGGAGGAGGAGAGGGAAAGCAAGAACAGUGAGAAGCAAAGAGCUGUCGAGGAGGAUUUCAGGCAGCAGACGAGGGGAGAGGAAGUUGACGAAGAGGGCGAAAGAGGCCACGAGAAAGGAGAGGAGCAGAUGAUGGAGGAGGAGGAAACACUGGAAGGAAAAGAGGAAGGAGCAAAUAAAGUCGAGGAUGAGAUUUUGAAAGAGCAGAAACAGGAACAUGACAUAGAGUUUGGAAACGCUAAGCAACAGGAAAGGCCGCAACUGGAAGACGACGAGGACUCUGGUGGUGCUGGCGAUGUUUCUGUCGAUGAAACCUCCUCGCCGGAUGGUCACGAGAGGCUUGAGGCCACUCCUGAAACAGAUCACCAGUUUGGUUUAAUCCCUGCUGAACAUUUAAGCUGCACAGAAAAAGGGGGAGGAGUCAAUGCCAACUCUUGUUUGGAGUCACCACCCAAAACGAAGCCGUCCGGCACCAGAGGGGAGAAUGUGUGGUCAAACUAAGCCGUUCAUAUUUUUCUGUCCUAGGUGGAAACGGACGCUGCGUUCAUGAAUCACAAAUCGAGUGAGGAAUCGCAAACUUCCACAGCGGCUGAACCUCACGGCCAGAACGACACGAAGCGGGUCGAGAGGAGGAGCACCGGCCCAGACGACCCGCCAAAGGUGCAAAUCCUUCACAAACCAGAGCGCGACAAGCCACCGCCUGUGUUGCUAAGGGAAAUCGAUAAAGAUGGAAACGAAACGAUCAUCAGUGACCAUUCCACAUCGGCCGGGUUCAUCUUCCAGAACUCUCUGAUCUACGAGCUCGACUGAGGCGGAGCUUCAGAGCCAGUGUGAAAGAGUUACCGUUUAAUUAAAUACUAUUAAAUGUUCUUAUUCUCAAAACAUUCUCUUCAAUCACUCAA